AUGGACUGGGACGCGAUCUGCGAGGGGGCGCCGAGCAGCGUGUGGGCCGCACUCGCGAGGGCGCCGGAGAGGUGGCGGGGAUCCUCUGGCGGGGCCAGAAGGGCCACGGUCACCGGAGCGAUCAUGAUGGUGCGCGCCAACAUGAUGGGGCUGCCUGCCGACUACUGCAGUAGCGAUGCGGCCGCCGACAAGGAGGAGUGCUCGGCCUGCGCGACGGUCGAUCGCACGGAUCUGAGGCUGGCGCUGAGGUCCGUCUGGAGCCUCGGGACCCGAGGCGGCGUCGUCGUCUCCGCGAACGCUUCGACGGGACGCUUCGGCGUGCGCGCCCGCCAACUUGGAGCCAGCGGCCGAGGCGGUGGAAGCGCAGAGCCGAGCGCGCCGCCGCCAGAGCCGAGCGCGCCGCCGCCAGAGCCGAGCGCGCCAGAGCCAGAGCCGAGCGCGCCAGAGCCAGAGCCGAGCGAGGCGCCGCCAACCGGAGGCGCCGUCAAGACGCUAUAA